AUGGCGCGCCCUCACCCUCCUGCGGAAAGAAGCCCAGAUUUGGCCAAAGCGACGGACAGCCGAGCAGGGCCUCUUUUGACCGAACCUGACCUGACCCGACUCGACUCCCCUCCCCCCCCCCCCCUCCUCCUGCCGGUGACGAUGGCCUACUCUCUGGUCACCUCCUACGUCGGGGAAUCGCUGCUCUCGGGCUUCAACUGGAUCGACUACCCCGAUCCCUCUCAUGGGUACGUCUCGUACCAGAACAGGCCCAACGCCGAGGCCUUGGGUCUCUUCUCCGUCGACGAGACGACGGGGGUCGUGAGGCUGGGCGUCGACCACAACAGAACCUACGGCCUGAACGAGGGGCGGCCUAGCAUCCGGCUCGAGAGCAAGGAGGCAUACAACAGCGGCCUCUUCAUCGCCGACUUCCUGCACAUGCCCCCGUCGCAAUGCGGCCUGUGGCCAGCCUUCUGGGCCUACGGCACCAACUGGCCGCACGGCGGCGAGAUCGACAUCAUCGAGGGCGCCAACACGGCCCACCAGAACCUCAUCUCGGCCCACACGGCGGACGGGUGCACGGUCGAGGCCGGCGUGGAAGCCAUGUCGGCGGGCCGCUUGCUCUCGCAAGAAUGCGCCGUGGGUACCCUGAACGUCGGCUGCGGCUACGUUCCGCCCGCCGACGACGGGACGACGUACGGUGAUGGGUUCAACGCCGCCGGUGGCGGCGUCUACGCCAUGCUCUGGGACGAUUCGUACAUCAAGGUCUGGCACUUUGCGCGAAACGAGAUUCCCAGCGACAUACACGCCAAGGAUCCGACGCCGGAGAAGUGGAAGCGCCCGGACGCCGUCUUUGGCGGCGCAAGCUGCCAACCUGACUCCUUUUUCAAGGACAUGAGCAUCGUCAUCAACAUAAACUUCUGCGGAGACUGGGGAAACGCCGUCUGGGGAAAGUCGGAUACGUGCAACGAAUAUGCGCCCACGUGCCCCGAGUACGUGGCCAACAACCCGUCGGCGUUUUCCAACGCGUACUGGGACGUUCAGUACAUCGAGGCCUACCAGUUCUCCGCCGUCCCGUUGACCGAGUCGACGACAACACCGACCGGGUCGACGACGACGACGGUGAGCGAGUCGAAAAAGACGACGAUGAGCGAGCCGAAGACGACGUCGGACGAGCCGACGACGACAUCAACGAUAACGGUGACGUCGACGAAAACCAAAACCAUCACGGCCUCGGCCUCGGCCACCGGCACGUCCAGCGCCGUCGUCACGGGCUCCGCAACCGGCUCCGCAGCCGAACCCUCGUCGUCUCCCGCCAACCCGGCCCAGGUCAACGGCUUCGCCUCCCUCGGCUGCUUCGGCUCCACCACUGGCUUUUCGACCUUUCGCCAGGCGCUCGACAGCGCCGACAUGGCCAUCGAAAAGUGCGUCGACGCCUGCAAGCUGACAUCGAGCACCUUUGCCGGACUCUUCAACCGCACCUGCUACUGCGCCGACACCCUCGACGCCGGCACCCGUGCCAGGAGCGCCGACGAGAGCGGCGGCUGCACCAUCCCCUGCCCGGGCGACUCGGACGAGUUCUGCGGCGGCCUGGCCGACGCGCGCUCCAGCAACAUGACGAGCCUGAACAUGCUACGCUCCCGGAGAGCCCAUCUCGCGCGCCGGGCCAUCUCGAGCGGCCACCUCCUGACCAUGUACCGCGCCGUGGCCAAAAACGAAACGCGGCCGCAUGUGCCGCCGCCGAUGGCGCCGAACAACCGCGUCAAGCUCACGGGCGCCGACAAGCUGGCCGCGACGGCCGUUCGCGCCAAGCUUCCGCUCCACACCGGCAGCGCCAAGACGGGGAAGGGGACGGGCUCGAAGAUCAAGUCCGUCAAGCUGUCGGGCACGUCCGUCGUCGCCAUCGAGCUGCACGGGGACAAAGACUGCGAUUGCGAGGCCGACAAGACGAGGACAAGGGCGCACAAGCAGACCAAGCCGACGGCGGGGUCCAAGCAGGGGGCGGGGUCCAAGUCGACGGCGCUGGUCGUCGCUCCCUCGCCGGCCGAGGUCAACAAGGCCGCUCUCGUGCCGGCCGUGGUCAAGAACAGCAAGGUCCUGGCGUCGGAGCCGUGCGAAACGGCGGUGGUAGGUCGCGCCAUCAACGGCACGACGAACCGCAACUUGACGGUCAAGCAGCCUGCCGUCGUUCUGGCGGGAGCGAAGAGCAUCCACGGCAGUUCGCUUGCGCUUGCCGCCGCGUCCUUUGGCGCCGCGGCGUUGGCGCUGAUCGUCCUUUUGUAA